AUGACGCUAUACUACAGCCUGGUGUUUGUGCUGCUGGUGACAGAGAUGGCUCUCUUCAUGCUACUCAUCGUACCCCUUCCAUUCACGAUCCGCAGGAAGAUGUUCAACUUCAUAAGCGAGAGCCCGUUGGUAGCGAAACUACAAUAUGGAAUGAAGAUCACAUUUAUCUUCAUCUUAAUCCUCUUCAUCGAUAGCGUCAACCGUGUAUACCGUGUCCAAGUCGAGCUUGCAGAAGCGAACAAGACCCAAGGAGGCGGAACCGCGGUCCUCGGCCACGAACGCAUGGAAGUCCAAGCCCGAAAAUUUUACUCGCAACGCAACAUGUACCUCUGCGGCUUCACCCUUUUCCUCUCCCUGAUCCUCAACCGCACGUACACAAUGAUCCUUGAUGUCCUCCGCUUGGAGGAGAAGGUUAAGAGCUACGAAGGCGACUCUGCUGCUGGCGGAAAGGAGGGCGAGAAGUUGGCUAAUGCCGGAAGCCCCGGAGAGAUUGCCAAACUGAGAAAGCAGUUGGCCCAGAAGACCCAGGAUUUCGAGACUUUGAAGAAGCAGUCUGAGGGCUUAAGCAGGGAAUAUAAUAGAUUGGGUGAUGAGAAGACCGAGGCCGAUGUUACGCCUAAGAAGGACAGGUAG